AAGCCAAAGAACAAUAACAUUGCGUAUUCUAUUCGUUCUUCUCUAAGAAUCUCUUCUCGUUCCCCAUUUAUGCACCACUCUCUUCUCCACGCAAUGUCCUUACUCACGCGCUUCUUCUCACUCACUCAGUCACCGCCAUGGCACACACUAGCUUAAUAAUGCCGAACCCUAACCACGCUUCCUCUCCUUCUCGAUCACCCUUGUCGAUUCAAUUCUCUUCGAUCCCAACCAUGGACCGCAUUUUCUCCAGUAAGAGUUUCCUUUAUAAUAGGCUUCGAUCUCAGCCUCUCAGCCUUACUGUUCUCAAAUUGGAUGGAUCUACCUUCGAUAUUCAAGUUGAGAAGACAGCAACUAUUGCUGAGCUUAAGGAGGCGGUGAAGGUGGUGUUCAGUCACAUGCCUCAAAAGGGGCCAGGGAAGAUUUCAUGGCCACAUGUUUGGCGGCAGUUUUGCUUAUGCUAUGAUGGACAGAAGCUUGUUAAAGAUGACGAUUACCUGAGAAAUUAUGGCAUCAAGGAUGGUGAUCAGCUUCGUUUCAUCCGCCAUGUCUCAAACUAUUAUGGUGCUCGAAGAAGAAAGCGAUCAAAGAAACGAGUUUUCUAUUUUAAACAGCACAGCAGGUCAUCCUCGCAAGUGAAUAGCUAUCAACCUAAAGAACAUAGUGAUGAUGAUGAAGAAGAAGAAAUUUGUUCCGAUGAGGUAGCCACUGAGGAUAGGAAGAUCGAGUUGUACAAUAAAGUACGAGUUCAUGUUGGAAAGAACAAGUUAACCAGCUUUGUUGCAGAAUUAUUCUCGUACAACAGGCUGCCCAUUGUGCCGAAAACGAGAACUCAAAGUAGGAUAUUCUUCCCCUCAGUGGUUGCCAAAUGUUUACUAGGAAGUUUUAGAAAGAUGAGAAGAGUCAUAAGCUUUCGCAGGAGGGGACACUAUCCUUGGAGGGAUAUCAGAAGACAGUAUUGAUUUGUUGAAUAAAUGUGUUUCUUUACUUCCUAGACAAUACUGCAAACGAAGCCCAAGAUUGUUGGAAAAUUUUUUGUUCAUAAUUAUGCACUUUUGUUUCUUUUUAGUAGUGGUGGCAAUAGUGUCAUCAACUCAUCAUAGAACAACAAAUAUCUAUUUUGUGUUCUUACCUUACCAUUUAGAGUUGAACUAU